AUGGUUAAGGUAGGAGAAAACAUUGAUAUCGAUAUGGGAGAGGGUGAACAACCUUCAUUACCUAAUGUCACUAAUCUCGAAGAGGAAGGGGCUCUGUUAUCAGAUUCUGAACUCCUUGAUGAAGAGUGGGAGGAUGGAGAAGUUCCAGAAUUUAUGGAAGAGAUGGAGGAGACUCUUGUUGCUGCUAUGACAGAGCAGGGAAACAAUGACAUGAUCAAUGUUACAGAACCAAAGGAAGCAGGUCCAAAGGUGGAAGAGAAAAAAACCGCAAGGGCAGGGACGAGGCUUGUACAUAAGCUCCUUUCUCCUCGAAAGAGCAAGAUCACCAAGCCAGCAGGGAAGAAUGGUGAGGGUCUUGGAACUACCAUUUGGUUAUGGUUGAUAUUGGUCAUUUUUGGACUCGAUCCAGUAACAUAUGGCAAGUUUGCCAUCGUUUGGUGGGGGCUCAUGUACGGUACAAAAGGUUUGUUUGGUUUAAGGGCAGCUCUAUCUAGGUUUGGUUGUAAAGGCUGGCAACGUUGGAUGAUGGAGAUGUGGAGGGAGAUUAGGCAUGCUGCGAUCAUAGUCAAAACUAUCUCGCACAUGGAAUGUAGCAACUUGCUUGAGUAUGAUUUCUUGCAAGAAGCUUAUGGGUCUCAAGGCUUUUUCAGUCUUCAUUAUGAAUAUGAGGCUGGAUUCAAAGUUGGAAUACAAGUGGAUAUAAUGAUAUUUGUUAUCGAAUACCAGGGGGUGCUGGUAACUCGGAUACCGUUCAACGCAUUCGAGACUUGA